UGACAGAAGGUUCCGCCUCGAACAUGGACCCAGCGGAGCUGAACCAUCUACAGGCGGAGUUGGACUCUCGCAAAGCACGCAUGGAAGGUAUAGAACAGAUGCUCUACAACCUCAUCACCUCCUACAACGAAGUGGUAAGCGCACUGAACACGUCGCGAAACACGCAGCCAAUCCUGCAGCACGUGACUCGCCGAACACAACACCACCUCUAUCACGCAUUUUCCACUUCUCUCCUCUGACCCGCUUUGACGGGACCCCGGCUCAAUGUGCAGGUUUCUUGUUUCAGUGCGAACUCAUUUUUUCCAGUAUGCCCCUUGUUUACAGCACCGAACAGAGCCAGAUCACCUACGUGUGCUCUCUGCUCACGGGCAGAACGCUUGAUUGGGCGAUAGCGGUCUGGACAAAUGACUCACCCAACACAUAUGCUCAGUUCAAGAGCUGUUUCUUCGCCAUUUUCGGACUCGUUCACCCAGAAGAACAUAUCAGAAUCCAAGAACCAGUCUCAGAACCUGCCCCAGAAAAAUGCUGUCCCGCUCAGGAGGAAGCAGAGCCGAUGCGGUUGGGGCAUGGGGUGCCUGUCCUCUGCAGAACGUCAGCAAAGACUACAGAAGCACCUGUGUGUCUACUGUGGCGACCCCGGUCACUUCCGUCUCGAGUGCCCUGUCCGCCCUGUGGCCAAGGUGAGUGGAACCCUUGUAACCGCUUCGCUGUACCCGUUAUGUUGUCAUGGGGCUCAGGGCAGGUAAAGACUCAAGCCAGGGUCGAUUCAGAAGCAGCAGGGUGCUUCAUGGAUGUUGCUUUUGCUCGGACUCAUAGCAUCCUGUUCAAACCCAUUGAGAGGUGUCUCAAAGUGAAAGCCCUGGAUGGCCAGCCCCUAGGGAGAGGUUUUCUGGACCACCAGAUGGCACCAGUGACCGUGAGUGUGGGGGUAUGUCACCAAGAAAUGUUGCAAUUUUAUUUGAUUACUUCUCUGGAGUUUCCCCUGAUUCUAGGGUUCUCCUGGCUCUCCCACCAUGACCCUGUUUUUCAGUGGAGUACUGGGGAGUUGGUGGCUUGGGGACCCCAAUGUGAGAGGAUAUGCUUAAAGUUACUUUGCUGAGCUACGUCCAUAGAAGGCUCAGAAUCUGCCCCACAGGUGCCAGUUCCCCCCGAGUAUCAGGAUCUGGCUGAGCUUUUCAGCAAAAGAUAAGCAUCCGAGCUACCACCGCAUUGCCCGUGGGACUGUGCAAUCGACCUCCUGCCAGGUACCACACCUCCUUGAAGUCACAUUUAUCCCUUCUCCAGACCCGAGCAAAUAGCCUUACAGAAAUA